CGCUGCAAUUACCCAGUUACUGUCCGGUUAUCAACUCACGCACAAGUUCAGCGCAGUUUAGCAAAAUCAACAGGUCUCAUCACCAUGAACAGCAGGGUAUUCACUUUGGUAAUCCUUUCGAUCAUCGUUGGAACUCUGGCCGAUUACGGAGCCCCUCCGGCCAAAUAUGAACCACCGAAGGGCGGAUACGGAGGAGGAGGUUAUGGAGGUGGAUACGCAGCGCCGCCACCGAAAUCGGGCGGAUACGGUGACUCGGGUGGUUACGGUGGUGCACCGAUGGUGCACACUUACCCUGCCAAAGCCCCAUCGACCAAGUGUGGAGCUAAUCUGCUGGUGAGUUGUGCCCCCACUGUAGCCCACGUGCCGUGUAUUCCGUCUGGAGGUUAUGGUGACUCCGGUGGCUACGGUGGCCAUGGAUACUAGAAGCUAAGACGGCGCCAUGUGACCUGAACGAUUGUGUGGGUGUGAUAUAGUAGGAAUGUAUUUUUGAAAUCAGAUAAGAGAGAUAAAUAAAUUUAGUAAGCAAGUGAA